ACUUCUUUUGAUUCACUACAAAAAUAAAUAAAUGUCUCCAUAUCAGCCGGUAAGGAGAGGUGGAUAAAUCUGUUUUAUUGUCUAGAACAUUGUUUUUCUCAUUUUGUGUCUUGCAGGAGCAACGACAGCAUGUCUGAAAACGUCAAGAAGUUUCGGAGAUGUUUUUUCUUACCUCUCCCUGGCUCUUCUAAUUCUAAAUAUUUUCAUCAGUACACAAACAUAAUCAUAGCUCCUGACGCAUUCUCAUGGAAUAGCACCUGAUGUCUGUUUUCAGUAUUUCUUUGUCUAAACAUGACAAAGUCUACCCCAAAGAGUAUUUAACAGAACUCAGACAGCCUACAUUUAAAACAAGCAAGAGACAGCGCAAGAGCAACACUCCGUAGCUAUGGCAUGUAUAAAUAUCAGGUUUACCUGGCUUCAGGACAAGUGCUAGAAUCUUCCUCCUAAGAACAAGGAAAGCAUUCCACUGGAGAACACCCUGGCUGAUGCACCUGGGGCAGACUCCCUGUGCCUGAGCAUUCCCUGCAUGGCCCCUGCCACCUGCUCUUCUCCUCGGGUCAUCCUCUGCAAUUAGCUGGCACAGCUGCCCCCAUGAUCGUGCCCACUACCCACCAAUGUAUGGAGCAGGGCAAUAACCACGGACAGAUGCCAGCACGAUGCCAUGAGGAUGGGGAAGGAAGGGGAUCCCGGGGAUGGCCGAGCGGCACUGCUGUUGCAUCCAAAGCCACGGGCUCACUGCAAGCGAGCUGCUGCCUCCUUGUUGCGCUGCGUGCCCUGUCCUGCUGCCAGUCAUGGGGCUGGGUACGGCUGGCCCAGUCCCGUGUUCCCGUGACAGUCCCUCCUUGCAGCCAGCUCUGAGUCCCGCCGUAUCCUCCCUCCUCAGCAGCGCGGCACACGCCCGGCGCCGGCUUAGAGCGGCGCGGUGCUCCCGAAGGAGCCGCACUCCCGGUGACAUUUCCCGCUGGUGGCGGCGUUGCUGGCGGGACUGCGGCCGCUGGGACACGGGCCCGGCGCACCUGCAUCGCCCGGGUCCGGCCCCGUUCCGCCCCGUUCCGCCCCGCCGCGCUAUAAGAGGGGCGGCGUUGGCGCCGGGCGCUCAGGCUGGCGGCGGGAGGCGGCAGCGGCGCUGGGGCAUCUCCGCCCGCCGCCACCACCAUGAAGUCUCCUCCAGCCCAGCGCCCGGCGGGGCAAGGUGCAGAUUCCCUCUACAGAAAUAGCUUCAGCCUCAGUGAUGAAAAGCUCAACUCUUCCACUGCAUCUACUCCAAGCUUGCCAUCCC